AUGUUUGACCUCUGCAGAUGCGUCCUUAUAGUUUACCUCUGUCCCUUAGCUUUGGGCUCUGUUUCCUACAAGGAGAAAGAUUUCCUGGCCAACCUCACCUCGGACUACGACCCCAAGAUCCGCCCGGUGUUAGAUGGUUCCAACACGACAGUGAGUAUUAGUAUGGGGUUGUACUCAAUAUAUUCUCUGGAUGAAAAACAGGAAGUGCUCAUCUUUAAAGCAUGGGUCUAUAUGACGUGGAAGGACCAGCUUCUGGUGUGGAACACGACAGAUGGCAUUCCCGUUGUUGUAACUAUGUCACUGGCGGAUGUAUGGACACCAACCGUACUGAAUGUUGAUUCUGUGACGAAUAUGAGGUACCUAAAAGAUGAAACAGAUACAGUGGUUGUCUUUCAGGAUGGUACAGUUAUAUAUUCCUACAUAGGUAGGUUUGAUACAGGAUGCAAGGUCAAUAUCCAACAGUUUCCUUUCGAUCGCCAGACAUGUUAUUUUCACUUGGAAACAUUUUAUCCUCCUGCAAGUAAGGAACAUCUCAAGGUAGUCAACUCGUAUGUAAAUCUGGAAACAUACAAAGAAAACGGAGAAUUUCACCUUCUCAGUGCAUCAAUGACACAGGAGAAAUUCACUCUUCUCAAUGUAACUCUUGAAUGGAUAGAAGUGACCCUUGUCCUGCAAAGACGAACCACCUUCUACAUCCUCAACAACAUCCUACCCAUCGUGUUCCUUUCCUUUCUUAACAUCUUUGUCUUCCUGUUGCCCGAGGAGAGUGGUGAGAAGGUGUCCCUGUGUGUCUCCAUCCUAUUGUCAUAUGCCAUGUUUCUCAAUCUCAUCAACUCCUACCUACCAGCGAACUCCGACCACCUGUGUUUCUUCAGUGUCUACGUCACCCUGCUUGUGUUGAUCAGCACACUCACAUGUCUCGUCACGAUCUUCAUGCAGUUACUUCACACAAAUCUCCAAAGGGAAAAUGUCAGUCCAAGAUGGCUGCCAAUCGCAUGGAGAUCAGCCAGCAAAGUUGGAAUAACCAAACUACAAGUUAAGACUGAUGAUGUCUCUCCAAACAAAUCGAACGUGAAAGACAAUAAGAAAGAUGCACUACUCGCCAAGUGCAACAGAGUGGCAUUUGGAACGUUCUUCAUCAUCACAGCUCUCACUAACCUUAUGUUUUUCAUUAGCGUAUCCCUAUGA